AUGCUGUGCAUUCUCCCAGACGAGCUGCUGCUCAUUACCGGCGCGACCGGUCACAUUGGUUUCUGCGUCCUUCUUCAGGCUCUCCGAGCUGGACACACCGUCCGAUGCGCAGUUCGCUCAGAGGCGAAAGCCGCCUUCAUCCGUUCGAGGCCACAGAUUCUCGCACUCAACCUCCCCCGCGCCAGGCUCAACUUCUCCAUCGUGCCCGAUAUCACCGCUGACGGUGCCUACGAUGAGGCCAUCCGUGGAGUUUCACACGUCAUCCACGUCGCCUCGCCCCUGGCGACAUCAUACGCCGUCCCUCCUGAGAAGCACCAGGAGUUUUUCAUCCAGCCCGCCAUGCGCGGCACCCUAGGCAUGCUUGAGGCCGCCAGGCGAGCGGGCACCGUCCGCCGCGUGGUCAUCACCAGCUCUAUCGUUGCGCUUCUUUCAGUGGCGCAGAUGGAGGGUCACGAGCGCCGCGAGAAGGCCGUUCUGCCCACUGAGAGGGCAGGCUUCAAGCCAGAGCCAUAUGAGAGCGAGUUUGCGGCGUACGCCGCCUCCAAGGUCGCGGCUUUGCUGGGCGCGGAGGCGUGGCUCGCGAGGGAGAAGCCCGACUUUGACGUCGUGCACUUCCACCCGUCUUUUGUCCUGGGACGCAACGAUCUUGCCACCAGCGCAACUGAGGCGAUCAAGGGAACCAACGCUGUUGUUCUCGCUACGAUCUUGGGCAAGAAGUGGGGAUGCAGCUUCGCCGGUGCGACUGUCCACGUCGACGACGUCGCGCGGGCCCAUGUACAGGCCCUCUCUCCUUCUGUUCCCGGCAACAGGAGCUACAUCCUCAGCACAAAGGCCCGUUGGAACGACGCCAAGCUCAUCUCGAAGAGAUGUUUCCCCGAAGCAGCCCAGAGGAAGAUGAUCAGCAGCAGCGGGUCAGUGGGCACGACGCCCCUCGACUUUGACGCCUCCGCGACUGAGGAGAUCUUUGGGUUCAAGCUGCAAAACUUCGAGGAGCAGGUGAAGAGCGUGGUUGGACACUUCCUGGAGUUGAGGUUGCGUCGGCCGGCUGCUUCAUCUGGCGGGGAGCUGAGAGAGAAGGCCUCUGCUGGGGCCUUGAGGUCUGGGAUCGUGGCUGCAAACGCCUAG